AUGGCAACAUCCGAGACCAACGGAGACUGCCAUGCACAACUUCAUGAAGCAAGCCGGAGAUGCUACGAAACAAUCCUUUACGGUAUGGUAUCAGCCCAUUCCAUUUCCUCCAUGAUGUUUUCUCGUAUUUUCUCUUACAAAGGACUGCAGGACUACCAUUCUCUGCAUAAAUGGUCCAUCGAAUAUCCCUCUGACUUUUGGAGAUUCACAUUUCAGUAUUUUACUAUCGUGUACUCGGGCACGGUGCCAGACCCAGUUGUAGAUGAGCAUGCUCGCAUGGAUACUGUACCUAAGUGGUUUCCUGGUAUCAAGCUGAAUUUUGCAGAGAACAUAUUGUUUACGGGAAAUUCGGUCGGUCAGCCCUCAUCAAGCCCUGGGAAGGAAGAUGACAAGGUCGCGUGUACACAGGUAAGGGAAGAAGGGUAUUCUCCUGAACAACCCAUUCUCCACGUCACAUGGGCAGAACUGCGUGAACGAGUUGGCAGACUCACACAAGCGAUGAAGGCCCAUGAUGUUGGCAAAGGGGAUCGAGUUGCCGUCGUCGGAAGUGUGUGUGUAGAUACCCUGACUGUCUUUCUGGCUGUCACAGCGCUGGGAGGCAUAUUCUCCAGCAACAGCACCGACCUGGGAGUAUCCGCUGUCCUGGAUCGAUUGACGCAGAUCCAACCCAAACUAGUCUUUGCAGAUGACUACGCUGUAUACCGGGGAUCCAGGACGGAUUUGAGGCCCAAAAUUGCAGAGCUCGUCGCCGGCCUGGAGGACAUCCCUGGAUUCCAGGGCAUCAUAGCCCAGGCACGGUUCCGAGGAUCCCCUACUGAUGUUUCGUCUAUACCCAUGUGCCAGACUUGGGAGACGUUCACAUCCAAAGCGCGUACCUCGGAGCUGGAGUUUGAGAAGAUGGACUUCUCGGAUCCCAUGAUUAUCCUAUACUCCUCAGGGACAACCGGCCAAGCCAAGUGCAUCGUGCACUCAGUAGGAGGUAUCGUUUUGAGCGGUCACAAAGAGUCGACACUUCACCGCGCAGUCGACCACACCUCGUCGCAGUUGCAAUUCACUACAACGAGCUGGAUGAUGUACUUGAGCUCAGUCCAGCUCAUGUUAACAGGUGCUAGGCUUGUCAUGUACGAUGGUCACCCAUUUACUCCGGACACUACCACGUUGCUGCGCUUGGUGGCUCGAGAGAAGAUCACGCAUUUUGGCAUAUCGCCGCGAUAUCUGCAGACCUUGCAGUCCAACGGGGUUGUCCCCAGAGCAUCGUUCGAUCUCAGUCACCUCCAAGUCGUGACCAGCACUGGCAUGAUCCUGUCUGACGCUCUCUUCCAAUGGUUCUAUGAUGUCGGUUUCCCCUCUCGGGUGCUCCUGGCCAACAUAUCCGGGGGCACCGAUAUUGUUGCCGCCUUUGGUACCUGCAACCCUCUUCUUCCCCUCUACGUCGGUGGCUGCCAGUGUAUUUCGCUCGGCAUGGCGGUUUCUGUAUUUGAUCCCACCGUUGAGGGCGACAAACCCAUCAGGGGGCGACCAAUUCCACUAGGCCAGGCCGGUGAGCUUGUCUGCACUCAACAAUUCCCCACCAUGCCCGUACGAUUCUGGGGUGACGAUGAUGGUAGUCGCUAUUUUGAUAGUUAUUUUAAGAAGUACGACAAUUGUUGGACUCAUGGCGAUUUCAUCAGCAUUCAUCCACGUACCAAACAGGUCACUAUGCUAGGACGGGCGGAUGGCGUGUUAAACCCUAGCGGUAUUCGAUUCGGCAGCGCCGAAAUUUACAAUGUCAUCGACACAGAGUUUGCCGACUGCAUCGCCGACAGCGUUUGUGUCGGCCAGAGGCGGCCUCAAGACGAUGAUGAAAGGGUGAUGCUGUUCCUCCUGAUGCAGCCGGGGAGAAAGUUCACAGCAGAGCUGGUUCAGCGAGUGAAGCAGCACAUCAGGGCCCGUCUAUCCGCCCGCCAUGUACCCAGAUUCAUUUUCCAAACACCAGAGAUUCCGAUGACUCUUAAUGCGAAAAAAGUCGAACUGCCAAUCAAGCACAUCGUUUCUAGUCGAGCCAUCAAGCCGUCGAGUUCUCUUGCAAACCCGGCAUGUUUGGACUUUUACUACGAUUUUGCCCGCGACGAAGUAUUGGCUGGAGAGACGGGAUCUGACAAACGCGCAAAGUUGUAG